CUAACUUUCCCUUUCUAGAUGGCACUGUACGCUUAACCGCCUCCGAGGAACCAGACGUCCUCCUCAUCCUCCAACAGGACGCCUGUAAACGCCUAUUAGCGGCAGAUCCAGAGUUGAAUCCACACUUUAAGGAUCUCGUCGCCACAAUCCACAGCCUCAAUCGACCGGUCUCUGUUAUUUUAUUUAUGAAAUCUGUUCAGAUGAGAUCGCCUCUGUACGAAGUCAUUGCAAGGCUGCAGGUGGACUAUGGCGUACGCGGAGUCCAACAGGUCUCCUCCGUGGAGGAUCUGGCGACCAUGGUCUGCAACUACACAAAGUCCAUUUGUCAGCGUCCAUUCAACUGCUGUGUUUCCACUCCUCUCUCCUAUGCGCCGUACCCUUCCUGA